GUAACACAAACCGAAAACAAGACUAAAAUAAAUAAACGCAAUAUUUACAAAUUGGAAAUAAAAUGCAACCAUUGUCCGAGUUUUGGUCGCGGUCGUUGCCCGUUCGCAAAUCUCAAGACUGCAAUAACAUAUUUCAUAAUCCGCCGGAAAGGAUAUACUUCUACGCUUCGUUUGAGAAAAAGCAUGAGGAUCCGCCCAUGGGAUUGUUGUUGGGUUGGGAAUUCGGACGCCAGUGGCUUGAGGAGCGCCAACAUUUCUUGCGUGAAAAGCGCAUCAUGGCUAAGGAGAAUUACAUCGAGCCCGACUUCAACUGGUGGUUGAACAAACGUAAGCGAAUCAAGCAACGCAAAAACUUUCAAAAAAAACCGCAGCCACCUGGAAAGACCUGUAAUAUAACAGCAUUUACUAAGGCCAAGGAGGCGCGGCGUAUACGCGAAGAGGAGCGCCAGAAGCGCCUUGCUGGCUGGAGUGCGGCCUCCGGGGAGGUGGACAACAAGGUUGAAUGCAAAUGCAAGACCUACAGGGAUAGGUCAACGAAAAAGUGACCAAAGAACGCCGAAAAACAAACUUUCAAUAAAAACUGAGUUAAUGAGUGCAUGUAAUAGUUA